AGCUGCAUACAUGGCCGAGCUGGCAGAGGAGCUGCUCGGGUGCAGGUGUUCGGUGCUGAAGGGAGGAAUGCCGCACCACAGACUGGACAUCAUCCAGCACCUGGUGAAGGGUUAUCCUGCGCUGGUCCCCUAUGAUGCUGACAGGAAUCAUGAACCCAUCUGUAAGAGGGGACACAAGGCACACUGGGCAGCCAUCCCAGGGCUGAUCCUGGGGAUCGACCAAUGGCAGGGCGGCUUGCUGGACGGGUACCAGCAGGACAGCGACCCCCACUGCCGUGACCUUUACCAUGCGCUGCCGGACACGACCGCCCCCAAGCUGGACUGGAGCCGGGUGCACCAGGCGUUCCUGUACGCGCGGCAGGGCAAGUCCCGGCGGCUGGCCCUGUGGAAGUACGAGCUCCUACACCAGAGUAACGCCCAGCUGGUGGAGAUGUGUCCCGUCCGCGCGCAGGAGGCAGACAUGUACAUCGUGCCGGAGGAAGGUGUGGGGGGAGGACUCAGCAGCAAGGUGGUUCUGCUAUUCCCACCCAGGUAGCACAGCUGCUGUUCCCACCCAGGUAGCACUGCUGUUCCCACCCAGGUAGCACUGCUAUUCCCACCCAGGUAGCACAGCUGCUGUUCCCACCCAGGUAGCAUGGCUGCUGUUCCCACCCAGGUAGCACGGCUGCUGUGCCCACCCAGGUAGCGCUGCUGUUCCCACCCAGGUAGCACGGCUGCUGUUCCCACCCAGGUAGCACAGCUGCUGUUCCCACCCAGGUAGCAAAGUGGUUCUGCUAUUCCCACCCAGGUAGCAAAGACAGAAUUGGCAUGCAUGUUCAACUGCAAAUUCUGGUAGCUGUACAACAUAAGGAGAUGUGGAGGCUCUGUAGGGGGGCAGUUUUGAUACUGUGUUUUUACAGUUUUUAAUGCGGAGGCAAACCUUCUCUCGGCGGCUGGUUGUAGGAUGGCCGGCAAUUGAAAGAACGCAUUAAAAACUCAUACAAAAUGCAGUAUCACAACUCUUACCUGCCCUGAGGCUAAUAAAGGGAAUCAACCCACUGCCAAACAAGCUUUUGUCAACGCACUCUGCCAAACAGACAUAAUGCCGGUAAGAGAAUAAAAAUUGUCACAGAUUUGUGCCAAGUAGAAAUAGUCUGGAGCCCAGCUCUGUACUUCCCCAAGAUGCACUACUCAUACUUUUAUGAAAGUUCAUCUGUGUUGGUAGUUACAUGUUUGGAGUUAAAACUUUUGAUCCAACACGAACAAGACUAUUUCCGGAGAGGGGUGAGGGAGGCUAUUUACAUCAGGGCCCAUCACCCUUUACUCAACCACGAUGGGGGCCGACAUCAUCUACAUGUACGAGAUACCUUUGACCCAAUGACAAGCCUCACUGGGUCAGUCUACUGAGCAUGAGGAAGACCAGAGUGACUGGUCGAAAGCUCUAGGUGAGAGAACUUUCUUCAUGUUGGAUCAAAAGUUUUAACUCUAAUACGAGUCUAAACACGCACUACUCAUGUUAACAAUGUUGGGGAGCAGACUGAAGCUAACAAGGCUCCUGGCAUAAGUAGAAGUUAGUGUAAUUGCACCUGGGCAAGACAAUGUAACUUUGAGCCAUGUUAGGUAUAAUCUUUCAUUCAUUGGUUUAUUUAUUUGUAACAACAACAGCAUAACUCUCAGCCGUAACAUACAAAGCUUAAUUCCGAUGCCUGUUAACAAUAUAAAUUAUUAAUAGUAGGGCCAUUGGUACAAAUUACAAUCACGCCUGAAUCGACAUGUUUAAACACUUUGGCUCAAUGAUGAAAUGAAUGAAUCUAAAUAUUUACCAUAAGACCUUGUAUGAAUAAAGGUAAUUAACAUUAAGUACUUGUAUUUAACGGAGGAAAUCAUGGUGUUAAGUUGCAGUAUAUAUAAAUAUAUAUUUUCUACAUGUACCUGUACAAAUACAUACUGCUUUACUGUAUAUUUAGUACUAAAUGUGUACAUCUAACAUGUAUGAUAUUUUUGGUUAUGUUUUGGAUUUUUUUUGCAUUUUAAACAUUAUACAUUGUAUUAUGUUUUAUUGAGCUUAAUAUAUUUUUACAGCAUUGCUGCUUAAAAAAUUUAAUAGGCUUGAUGUGAAAAGCUUGUUUAUUGAUUUUUAGGAUAGAUGGUUACUUCCUUGGCACGUUAGAUUUUGUACUUAUUUUAUUUCCGUCAUUUUUAUACAGGGUGGCCCAUUAAGUGAUUACACUUCUUUUCAAUGGGGCCCUGUUUUACACCAACAGUAAAAUAUGGAUAUAAUAAAUAACGAUAA